AUGACUCUCCUACCACAUGAAACGUCGUGUCAGUGUACAAAGUCUGAGCUAGACUUCUUUUCUCUCCCUCCCAUACAAACAGUAAUUGAGGAAGGUCAGUGGACUGAAUAUUAUCCUCUAUCCUCAGUGACCAACAGAGGACCUAUAGAAUUUUGUAUAUCGGGAUUACGAGAUGAAUAUUUGGAUUCUGUCCAAUCAUACCUUCAUGUAAAAGCAAAGAUUGUCAAGCUUGAUGGUACCAAUAAAAGAAAGGAUGAAGAUACCUCUGCACCUGUCAAUUUGCUACUUCAUUCUCUGUUUUCACAAGUAGAUGUAUACCUUAUUGAUAAACUCAUUUCUUCCUCUCACAACCUUUAUGCAUAUAAGGCCUACAUAGAAACUUUACUAAUUUAUAAUGGUGAAGCUAAGAGAAGUCAUUUGACAUCAUCCAUAUGGAAAAAAGACACAGCAAGUAAGUUCGAUGAUCUAGAUUUUAAUGAUGGUAAGAACAAUGGAAUUAACAACUGA